UUCGAGGCAACAAAGCCAAGGAGAGAGCUGAUUAGGGUGAGCGCUCAAGGACUAACUGAUGCCGUCCUGUCUGGUGCUUUUAUACUUGAAUGUUGUGAUGACACCCCCAGAAUUCAUUAUUAUUCAUUGUUCAACGAUGAUGUCGAAGGACUCCGACAGACCUUCCUCCGUUCUAUGCUAAUCGACAAGCCUACCAUGGCUGAAGAGCCACGUGUCCGAAGGGAUGCGGAUGGGAAACCCUCAUACACGCCCUAUCCUAAGCUAUAUACGAAGCCACAAAAGUCACAAUCCUGGACCAAGGCUAAUCGUUUUCUCUCGUCUUGGGAUGUUAGCCUACGAACUGCAUGCAGGGAAUCUCGCGCGGUGCUUCUAUGUCACCUUGGCGAUACGAAGCGAAGGUGGGUACAUACCGGAAGCGCGACAUGCCCCCCACACAAUGCCGUUGUUGCGACAUACAAUCAGGAUCAACGUAUCUGUAUUGAUAUGUGCAGGCGUGAUAUUAUAUGUCUCCGAUUUGCACCCGAAGAUUUGCAUAUCUGUGCUACCCUCCAAUGGGAUAUCUUGCUCACCCGGCUUCCCUUCUUCUGCCUUCCGAAAUACUCAGGUAUCAAUAUUGCCUUUGAGUUCCACGACAGCUGGGAUGAUGGUUUGGAAAACAGCUAUAGUUCUAUGCUCGAUCAUCUCUAUGAACCAUCUCUUAGGGGGCUGGUAUUAAGAGCAUGCUGGGCGUGGAAUUCCACCUACAUCCCUCGGUGGACUCGGAUAUGGUUGAUUGACCGGGGAGGACGGCUUCUAGCCAAGUAUAGGCUUGAAAGAAGUGGAAGAAAAAGCGAUUUUAGCUACCGUGCUGAUGUACCUGACCGGCAUAAGAUGGAUGGUGAAAUUUUCAUUGAUGGGAAGACGAAAUAUGUGGAAUGUUAUAUGUGGGACUACCCAAAGGAGUAUUGCUUUAUUACUCGCCGGUCUGAUGUGCCAAUCUCAAGGUUCAUUUUUCAUGUGGAAGUUGGAUAA